UGAACUCGAACUCACACAUUACACCGUGGGCGCAGUCCUCAGGUUCCGCAGGUCUGGUACAUUAUCCACCGGGUAUCCUCACCAUUGAAUUUCGGCAGCAGUUUGUUGCGGACGGGGAGCUAUGUCUUCGAUUUUCGAGGCCUACGACGAGGAGUUCUUGGCUCUCACCCAGGACAUCGGCAACAACAUCAGCCACUUGAACACCUACGAGACCGACGCCGGGAAAAAACGAACGCAGUUGACGCACAUCGAUGCCCUCGUGGGGCAGGCCGGGGAUCUGCUUAAGCAGAUGGAGAUCGAAGUCCGCAGCACGCAGGAUGCCGCAAGCAAGAAAGAGCUGCAGGGCAAGAUCGCCAGCUACAAGAAGACGCUCCAGUCUUUGCGAGGGGACUACCAGCGGGCUGUGGAGAAGCAAGAGCGGGAGGGGCUUCUGGGAGGGAGAGAGGCGGCGUUCGCGCAGGGCGGCGCCUCGCAGGAGCAGCGGGAUCGACUGCUGCAAACGACCGACCGCCUGGACGGGCAGAGUCGGCGAUUAGAGGACAGCAAGAGAACCAUGAUGGAGAUUGAGGACACCGCAAUGGAAAUCACGACGGAGCUGGGACGGAACCGAGAGAAGAUCGGAGAGGUGCACGACAAGGUGCGAGAUGUGUCAGGCAUGACUACAAGCGCGCGCCGACUGGUUCACAACAUGAACCGACGAGAGGUUCAACAGAGAUGCAUCAUGUACGGGAUCGGGCUCGUGCUAGUCAUCGGGGCGAUAGCAGCGGUGUACUAUACCAUGAAGAAUUGAAAGCGCGGCCUUCUGAACUCGUCGGCGAU